ACGUGUUUAUACAUAUGGAGUAGAACUGGAUCGAAAGCAAACGCCUUCGCAAGAUAGCUAGCUAGCCAGCUAUCCAUCGAGCGAGCAAGCAAGCAAGCUCGCGAUUCGAAGAGAGAUUGCAGCGGCGAAUCUUCUGCGCAACCGAAAUCCGAUUCGGGAGCUGGGUUCGAGCUUCACGUUCGAUCCUGAAUCUCGAGGGAUCGGGGAGUGGAUGACGAUGAGGAUCCCGGGAAGUGGGCUGAUGCCUUGGUUGCACGGCAAGGUCGUCGAACCCCUUCUCCAGAUCCUGCGCAAGGGUGCAGAACCAAGGCAGCUGGCAUUUUCUGCGGCUCUUGGCAUUACCCUCGGCGUGUUUCCCAUUUGUGGUGUCACAGUGUUUCUUUGUGGGGUGGCCAUUGCCUUGCUUGGAUCUCAAUGUCAUUCCCCAAGUGUGCUGCUGUUUAAUUUCUUGGCUACUCCUUUAGAAUUGAGUCUGGUGGUUCCGUUUCUGCGCUUUGGCGAGUUCAUAUCGGGUGGGCCUCAUUUUCCACUAACAUCUGAUGCCUUGAAGAAGGUGUUAAUGGGUCAAGCAUCUCGUGACGUCUUACUGAGUAUAUGUCAUGCGUUAUUGGGAUGGCUUGUUGCAGCGCCUUUUAUUUUCGCCUUCCUCUGUGUAUUAUCUCUACCAUGUUUCAAGCUUUUGGUAAGCAAGUUCAAAUCUGCUUCAUCAAGCCCUAAAAAGACCGUCCAUUCGCCAAAAGAUGUCAAGAUAAAGGUAAGAGAUGUCUGACAGCUGAUAACUCUUGCAACCCUUCUGUAUAUAGGACCAUUUUGAGCUUUGUAUAAUGCUCUGCCAGUCUCUUUUUUUUAUCACCAUGUGGGUCGGAGAGCAACCUGUGAACGUUAUGAUCACAGUGAGAAAUGGAUCGAAGUCUCUGACUGAAUUUGUCAUCCACUCGAAUGUGCAGUGGAUUCAAUGUAAUUUGUUCUUUCAUGGUUAUAUGAAAUGCAUCCUUCCACAUUGGUGUCGGCAAA